AUGGUUGACAAACCACAGUGGCGAAAACAUCAUGCUGCAGGCCUGAAUGCAUGGUGGGCAUCAAAGCGACAAAGAACAAGCUCGGACACUGCAAAAAAUGAUGAAAAUGGUCAUGUUGCAGAUGAUGUCUGCAGUGCAUCGAGCAAAGCAUCCAAUGGUGCAGCUUUGAGUAUUGUUAGCAAGCCUUUCUCGCAAGUCCCUUUCUUGGGUGCCAAGAACACAUACUAUUCAAUUCAAAGCCCCCUGCCAAAGCCACAUCUUUACAAAGUGACCUGCGAGGACACUGAAGACGAGGAAGAUUUAAUUGGCAUCCGGGGUGUGCGCUGGAAAGAAAUGGAUCAAACUGAAUUUCUUCUCGAAGAGAUCUUUGAUGAAUUACUAACAGAUACUUCUCACCAGACCGACAGCGCCAAUCACGAUGAUGUCGUUUCUGAUGUUGGAUUGGGAGAUAACAAAACAGAUGCUGAGAGUGAUCUCAGAAAGCCACCCACUGUCGAGGAAGCCAGGAAGGCAUUGAAUGAGCUAAGGACAUUGUUGAAGCCCCCUCGACAUGAUCAGACAGGUUACCAUGACCCGAAACUCCCCCCAAUUUUACAGGAGAGGCUCAACCACAUGAAAAAUUUUCUCUGGCUAUACACAGAUGUUGGCAGUGAUGGGAGGGCACAUCCUGCAAAUUUCGUAGGUGGUCAUUGGGGUAAAGCAGCUGACCGUGCAGCCUGCAAUGCUCAAGCAGGGAAAAGAGGUCAACUUUACCUCUCGCGUUGUCUACGAAGUUGGUUGAAGGCAUACAUCAAGGAUCGAAAUGCACUGCCUCAUCGUGCACCCCGACAUUCAGAAUCUCGCAUCAAUGAUGAAUCCUUUGCUGCGGAUUUAAAGCUCCACCUUCAAAAAAGGAAUCUCCCUCAAAACGGCACAGCAAUGGAUAGGGCGGCUCGGCUAUCGAUGGAAGAUGGAACCAAAGGGUGGACAGACAAGAAUAUCUCUACAGCAGUACAAGACUUGACAGAGUCUUCAUCUUCAACCGGCCGUCGAGUUGUGCACUGGUUUCAUGACGAGUCGAUGUUUUAUGCACAUGAUCGGAGAAAGCAGCGCUGGGUCCACAUUAACGAGAGUGCUGUACCACUUCCAAAAGGAGAGGGUGCUUCUUUGAUGGUUGCCGAUUUUGUUUCUGCAGUUUAUGGUUGGCUUCAUUCCGCUGAUGGAAAGGAGAGUGGACGUAUUCUGUUCAGAGCAGGAAAGGCACGAGAUGGAUAUUUCACCAACAAUAAUAUCAUCGCACACGCUGAGAAAGCUAUGGAUAUUCUGUCAAGAGACUACCCCAAUGAAGACCAUGUCCUCAUUUUUGACAAUGCCACUACUCACCGCAAGCGUGCUGAUGAUGCGCUGUCCGCUCGCAAGAUGCCAAAGAAUCCAUCAAAAUCCUGGGGUGUAACACUGGCUGUAAAAGAUGUGAAUGGAAAACCUCUUGUGGGUGCGGAUGGUAAACCAGUCAAGCAAUGUAUUCGGAUGGCUGACACAUGCUUCGCUAAUGGUGAUACACAGUCACUUUAUUUUCCUGAGGGGCACGAAAAGGCAGGAUGGUUUAAGGGAAUGGUGCAGUUGCUUGUCGAGAGGGGAUAUGCUGACGCACCUAAGCUUAGGGCGGAGUGCAAAGACUUCAAGUGUUUGGGUGAUAGGACCGAUUGCUGUUGCCGUCGGCUGAUGUACAGUCAACCAGGCUUCACAGUUGUCGAGUCUCGACUUGAAUCUUCAUGCCGAGCCACCCCAUCUUGGUGGAUGGAUAUAUCACUUUGGGCUAUAGCCCUAAAACUGGUAUACAUCCAUUAG